GAGAGGAGGUGGUUGGUGGUGGUGGUUGUCCAGUUAGCCACUAGGGGGCAGCAGUAGUGAAGUCUCUAUACGCCUGCCCCGGCGUCCCUCAGUCCCCCUCACCAUCACAGUACGACCUGGUAACCCUAAUCUAUACCACUUUCAUACACAAACAAAAGGAAAAUAACAUAGAAAGAAGCCUCGACUGUCGGCGGGAAGCUGUUGUAAGCUAUGAACAAGUUGUGGCAAAAGUUAGUGAACAGUUAUGAACAAGUUCCAUUAAACUUAGUGCGAGUUAUGGAGAAGUUACUAUUACGUUAAUUCAAGUUAUGAACGAGUUGCAACAAAGUUUGUGUGAGUUAUGAACGAGUUCCUAUAAACUUAGUGUGUAGUUGUGAACAAGUUGUAAUAUAGUGUGAGUUAUGAACAAGUUGCUUCAAACUUAUUGCGAGUUAUAAACAAGUUGUUAUAAAGUUAGUGGAAGUAAUGAACAAGUUACCCCAAACUUGAAGCGAUAUAUGAGCAAUUAGUUGCUAGUAACUUAUUGCGAAUUAUUAACAAGUUCUUAUAAAGUUAACUCGAACUAUUAAACAUCUGCUACAAGCAAGAUUUACGAAGGAUUAUUCUUUCAGGAGGUACUAUGAAAGUUAAUUGAGAAUAUUGUGCUAAUUAUUAUUAUUAUUUUUUUAGAAAUUAGCAUAUUUUAACUUUUUUUUUAAUGAACACAAACGUCCCCUCGAUUUUGUACAACUCUAACGGCUAUUACCAUUCCUGAAAAAAAGAUUGAGUGAAUUGAAUUCCAAAAAAGACUCGGACAGAAAUAUACUGAGAACAACUUUGCGAAGAAGUCAAAUUUUUGUAAUAAAUUACAGAAAACGAAGAUUUGUGUACUCAUACGAAGACUCGUGUUCGGACUACGAAGAUUCGUGUUCGGAUACGAAGACUCGUGUUCGAAUACGAAGAUUCGUGUUCGGAUACGAAGCCUCGUGCACGGAUACAAAGACAAGUGUUCGGAUAGUCUCUUGAGUGACCAAAUUAGUGAAGACAAACGGGUUUAACCAGCAGUAUGGACAACAUAUACUGGCUCUUAUUGCUGGUCGCCUUAGGGGCGAUUUUCCUCCAGGAGUCGUUGGCUAGACAGGGCAAUUCGAAUUGCCCCUGGAUCGACCUGGAGAACGGUCGAGUGAAGCUCAGGUCCCAGGGUCGAGUGGCCAAGUUCAAGUGCAAGAAGGGCUUCACCAGGUUCGAGGGGGACCGCUUCGCCGCCUGCGUCAGGAAUGAGUGGAAUGGCAAGAUCCCAAAAUGCAUAAGACACGGGUGUGUAAACGUGGCUGCCCCUGAACACGGCCAGCGGGAAUACUUGUACCGUAAUGCAGUGGUCUUGUUCACCUGUGAUCCGGGGUACCAUCUACAAGGUUCUCCUGCUCUAUCGUGCAACGCCAUCAACUGGAACCAUACAGCGCCCACAUGUGUUGCUCCAGCGAAUCCGGCGAUGGUCUGUGACUUCGAGAACGAGGACCUGUGCGGUUGGUCCAACGUUCGUCACGACGACUUCGACUGGGUGAGGAAAAGGGGCCCCAGCAAUAGUUUCAUGGCUGGCACUGGACCCUCCGCAGAUCACACCCUCGGCACCAACGCAGGACAUUACAUGUACGUCGAUGCGUCGGUCCCGAGGGAGGAGGGCCACAAGGCGCUGCUGUUUUCUCCUGUGUACAGCCCAGCCGUCUUGAGUGGCGUCUCCUGCUUCUCAUUCUACUUCCAUAAGUAUGGCCGGAACUCAGGUGCUCUCAACGCCUACGUCAAGCCUGAAGGAAUCUCGCUGGAUUUUCUGCCACCAUUUCUUCAGAUGAGCGACUCCAGCGAGGCCAGGUGGUUUUUCCAUAAAAUCAACCUCACCAACACUCGUUAUAACUUCCAGAUCGUGUUGGAAGCCAUUCGGGACGUUACUAACAGCGACAUGGCCGUCGACGACGUCAAGUUAGCUCACGGCGACGACUGUAGUGACCAUUACACCAUGUCAGAGGUCAGACCUGAGGUGACCAGUCCUCAACUGGUUGUCUCACCCACCCCCAUGGCUAAUACCACCACGGCCCAUCCCACUACCACCGUCGCUGCCAACACCAAUGCCACUAUCCACGACAUGUUUACUUCAGGUACCAAAGUUAAUAUCACCUCCGUGGCCAACUCUACUUCCAGCAACAUGGGUACAGAGUCCUCCUCCGUCAGUUAUGCCCAGUCAAAUGCCAGUAUCUCUCACGGCAUGAAUAGUACCUCUGGCAGUAUAAAUAUUUCCUACUCUACUUCUACUCCUGCCACUAUUCAUAGGCCUCAAGAUUCAAGUGACAGCACCAGCGCCGUAGGAGCCACCAGUACUGCCAAACCUGCUACGAGCAUUGACACCAACGUCACUGCCACCACUCCCAGUUCUCCUGACAACGCCACUACACCUGCAGGGGUCGCUACACAACCGUUCACAGCUGGAAAAGACGAGACCCACACCACACCUGAAGGUACCGAAUCAGGUGAUGACUUGCAGAGUUGCCAGGGAAGGUGCGGCGAGAUUGCCAUAGACGAAGAGGCGUGUGGCUGUGACAUCGAAUGUGGCAAUGAAUCAACUUGCUGUGUCGAUAUGGCAACGUUCUGCUCACACUAUCUGUCAACGCCCAAGACUGUCAGCGUGUUCCACCCGACUGCUACUUCGGCAUCGACGAUAUUGACGGCGCCCUCUGUCUCACCCGUCCCUGCGUCUGUCACUAAUCUGAGCAAGAUAGUCACUACAACAGCUACGGAACUCUCUUCGUCGAAGCUUACAACACCUGUAACAGUCCCAGCUCGACCCUUCACCCAUCCCAUCGAGGUUGUCACCUUCCCAGCUCCUGUUACGAUUAAGAUCUUGACGGAGGCGCCGGAGACGACUCUACAAGAGCGAACGCCUAAACCAACGACUCUCGCAGCCAAGGAGACGGUGGGGCCGGAAGUUGAGAUAAUUAUUACGACAACUGGCGACAAUAUUGAACGACAGACGGCGUCGACGGUGACAGAGGAUUCGACUACGGAAAGUCCCGCUGAUGGCCCCACCACCACACAACUAAGCGAGGCUACGACCACCGAAGCCAGGGAACUCUCAGCCACAAUCAGUAGCAUCUCAACGACAAAAUCCAAAGACGACACAGUGGCAGAGAACAAGGGAAAACUGACGACUAAAAUCGCAGAGGUAACCAAUAAAACGACAAGUACUGCCCUUCCCACCACGACGGAAACCAGCGACUCCUGGACACUAUCAGCCAGCAAAGGCAACACUUCCCAACCUUCUCCUACAAAUCUCACCUCGAAGGAGACAUCAUUCACCGACGACCAAAUCCUCCCGACGAUCAACGAAAACAAAGUACCAGAGGACUCUAGGCGGAUGUCGAGGGGCACCGCGGUUCUUAUAACCAUCCUGGUGGUAACAGGCAUCCUCCUGGUGGCCGUGGUCGUGUUCGUGUACGUACGGAAGAUCCGAAACCAAUAUAAGCUUCCGGAUGAUUCGGACAUCCUGUUUCUGGCGCGAGACGAAGUCCAGAUGGUAGACAACAUCACUGACCUCUACGGGGAGAGGCCCAGACGAGGCACUCCCGUCUGAAGGUGGUCAGGGCGUCCGGUGAGUCUCCUGCAGGAAUUUGAAGUCGACUUUCUGUUGGAGGCUGACUAGGGCCCCGCUAUAGGUUGAUUAUUUGUAACCAGUGACGCGAAUUGGCAGACGAGGGUUGAUUUAUAAUUAACCAAAUGCAUUAAAUUUACCUUGCAAUGAUGACCCAGUUGUCAAAAUUAUUGGUUAAUUCUAACCAUGUAGAUCUAUGUAAUUUUUUUAUAGCAAAAGUAGUUGACAUGUUAUUUAGAAAUGAAUUUUAGCUCAACAUAGCAACAGAGAUAUAUUUUUUAUAAUUAUUUAACUGCGAAAAACGAUUUCGAACACAAGUUUAAUCAUUUGAAAACUGAAAACUUAGGCAUUGUGUAAACUGUCGAUUUGAACUGGCUAGAGCAUGAGGUGAACUGUUUACAUUUGUCAGACCAAUGCGUAGUUCAGUCGAAGUGCGCAGCUCUGUUAACAAAGAUAAGCAGAUAUCGCUUCAUCAGAAUAUCAUGUAUAUGAAAACAGAUAAUUGAAAAAUCAAGAAAAAAAAAGUUUUGCUCCCUCGGUAAACACAAUUAGAACAUAAAUUUUACGCCAUCAGGUUCAACACUCAGACGUACAAAGCUAAAUAUGUACAUCCAUCAGAGGAUAAUAUGUGUUUUGAAAAGAAAAUCCUUACAGAGAUAUUUUUUAAAGUUAUGGAUUAAAAAGUUCUGGGUGGACCA